AUGCGGAACCACGAGCGUGUGCCCGUGGAGCUUGUUGGAGCGCUCUCGGGAAACCGUGGUGCACGUCGGGCGCUGCAGGUACUCCUUCGGCACAAGCUCGUUCACCACGAGUCGCGUCCGUACGAGUCGUACCGGCUGACUCCGCUAGGGUAUGACUACUUGGCGCUGCGCGCGCUGCGGGAGCGCUCGAGCGUCUGCUCUGUGGGCGGGCUCAUCGGAACGGGCAAGGAGAGUGACGUGCACGAGGUUCUCGGCGGCGUGGAUGGCUCGGAGCUGUUUGUGCUGAAGGUUCACCGUUUGGGCCGGACGAGCUUCCGGCGGGCGCGAACGAAGCGAGGUUACUGUGAACGGACGCCGUUUGUGCCCGAGGAAGCGACUUCCGACGUUGCAGCGGGGAGCUCAGGACGCUUGUUACCGACUGUGGAGGGUGUAUCCGAGAGCGAACGCGCAAGCGAGGGCGUCCCCGCAGACCGGCUCGAUGGGAAUAUUGUUAGGUUUACGUCGCAGUCGAGCGACAGACGGGUCGUAGCGAACUGGCUGUAUCUGAGCCGACUUGCGGCCCAGCGGGAGUACGAAGCUCUAGUGUUUCUGUAUGGACAGGGCCUGCCGGUGCCGGAGCCUAUCGAUGCGAAUCGCCACUGCGUCGUCCAGCGGCUUGUACAGGGUGCGCUGCCGCUCAGCCACGCUCGAUCGCUGCGUGAUCCCAGAGCAGUCUUCGAACGAAUCUGGGAGUUUCAGGAGCGCCUGACUGAGCUUGGCCUGGUCCACGGCGACUUGAAUGAAUUUAACGUCCUGGUCGACUGUGAGACGGAACAGAUCACUGUGAUCGACUUUCCGCAAAUGGUGCCACUCGGGCAUCGAGACGCGCUGGAGAUGCUGGAGCGCGAUCGGCGCAGCCUAGUCAGCUUCUUUUACAACCGGUUUGGGUUGCCGCUCUGCAUCGAACGCGGCCUACUCGCGGAAGCAAGCUCCGUCAGCGAGCAUUUAGUGACCGCGCGCGCUGAGGACGUCACUGAUGCUUCGAACGCGACCUUGAGUCUAUGGCGACAAGCGGAUUCCGGGGCAGAGGCCGCGUCACGCCCCGACACCGCUGGAUCGGACGAGGCCACGAUCUGUGGCAAGCAGCUCGCGAACGCGGUGUCGCAGCUGGCAAGUCUGGCACACAUGAGGACUCUCGGGAAUGCGCCUUACAUUUCUGAGUGCGCUAGUGCGUCGGUUUGGUCAGGUCUGCGCGAAGCACGGGACCCAACUCGGUUUAGUGCAGCGAACGGCAGUGCAGACGAGGCGAGCGCCCCCCUGCGAGAGGGCUGGCAUGGGCGAGCUGCUUCCGUUACAGAGGCUGACGUUGGCGUUGCGAGUGCGCGCUCAGCUGGAGUCGAGCGCAAGUUCGAUACUCGCGCCAUAUCGAGGCAGCUCCAAGCGGAGCAUGCACGAUGCCACCGGAAACUGUUGCUCCGCGAAGCAACGCGACUUGGUAAGGCACACCCCCGAGCUGCGCGGCGCGCGAUACCCACCACAGACUGGAGUUGA